AUGCCUGCAAAUGAGGCUUCACCCAUGCUCCCGCUGCACGCGGGAGCCGAGACCUGUCAUCGCUAUGGACAACCAUCUCGUGUUUCAGUGCCUCCUUCGCGUCCCAACUGGCUAUCCCGUCUCACAUUCUACUGGCUCGGCCGCUUGCUCGCCCUGGGCGCGUCGCAGCCGCUCGAAGCUUCCGAUUUGGGGUCUUUUGAGUCGGACGAGCACACAAUUCGUGUGACCAACACUCUGCGACGCGCUAUGAAUAACAGCCAAUCGCUUGGGCUCUCGCUGCAACAGACGUUUUUCGGCUUCAACAUGUGCGUAGCCGGGGCUUGUAAACUCACUGGCGACUGCUUGACGUUUGUCCGUCCCAUAUGUUUCUAUGCGCUAAUUCAGUACGUCGAGAAUCCCGCUCCCGCGUGGGUCUCCCUUGCCUCAAAUGGGUACAUCCUCAGUUUCACCCUAUUGGCAGCCUCGAGCCUCCAGACACUAUGUCUGCAGCACUACCAGCACCGGAGUAUCCGAGAAGCCGCUCGAGUCCGCUCGGCACUCACGACGCUCGUGUACGAAAAGGCACUUGCGCUGUCAUUGCAGACCAAAAGCUCGUUGGGCUCCAAGAAGAUAGUGGAUCUCGCCACACUCGACGUUGACCGGGUUUUCGAGCUAUGGCGCGUGGUCCACAGUGCAUGGGCAGCCCCAGUGCAAUUGGCCAUUGGACUUGUGCUACUCAUGCAGUAUCUCGGCGCAGCAUCACUCGUCGGUGCGAUGAUGAUGAUGGUGCUUUUGUCCAUUGCAAAUGCAGCGUUCUCGUCGCUGGUGACGAGUGUCUCGAAGCAUUUGGUGAAGUGUGCGAACAAGCGACUCGAGUUGAUUACCGACUUGUGGCAACAUAUUCGCGUGAUCAAGUUUUACGCUUGGGAGAGCGAGAUGCUGGGACAGGUCGAUUCUAGUCGAGAGGAAGAGCUGUGUUUUCGAAAGAGAAUGAUAGCAUGGAACGCUUUUCGGAGCGCCGUUGAGCAAGCAGAGCCAGUGCUCGUGUCGAUUGGAACAUUUGCUGCGCAUUCAUAUUUCGAGAGCGAACCGCUUACGUCGAGCAAGGCGUUCACUGCAAUCGUGCUGUUCAGCAUCAUUCGACUGCCACUCGUGGCGUUGCCGCAAGUUUUCCCACUGAUCUUUGCCGCGACGGGAUCGAUCAAGCGCAUCGAGUCUUUUCUUCACCUUGAAGAGUACCGGCAGGCGUUGGCACCGCUCUCAAGCUCCUUCAUCGCUGACCCAUUUUUUGAGAUUCGCCAUGCUACAUUCAAGUGGAGCAAUACCGACACCACGGGAGAGUUAGCAACAAAAGCUGGUGAUGAAGACGCUUUGCCUAUCCAGCUACCGAACGUCACAAUUUCUGUACCAAGAGGCAAGCUGACUCUCAUUGUCGGGGCGGCUAAAAGCGGCAAAUCGGCCCUUCUUGCAGCUGUGCUGGGCGAGCUUCAGCCUGAAUAUGGCGUGGUUCGCACCCCUUUGCAGCGUAUAUCGUAUGCUGCACAAGCACCAUACGUCAUUGACGCCAGUAUUCAAGACAACGUUCUGUUUGGUGCUUCAUUGGAUACAGCUCGUCUUCAUCGGGUCGUCAAGUGCUGUGAACUGGAGAAAGAGCUCUUGCUCCUUCCAAAUGGAUUUCAGAGUAAGAUUGGUGAAGGUGGCAUACCACUGAGCGACGGCCAGAAGCAGCGCCUUUCGAUCGCACGAGCGUUAUAUCCAAGAGAACAGGAGCUUUACGUCUUUGACGAAUCAUUGACGGGGUUGGACGCUCAUGUUGCCACUCGCAUUUUCAAUCAAUGUUUCAAUGAGUCGACGAGUGGGCUUUUGGCUGGCUUUACGCGGGUCUUAAGCACCCACUCGUUGCAAUUCGCUCACCUGGCAGACUGGAUUAUAGUAAUGGACAACAUGCGCGUCGUUGAGAUGGGAACGUACCAAGAUCUUACACAAGUUAAACCGGACGGAAAGUUCGCAUCGAUGCUCAGGGUUUUUCAUGGUGCUGAUGACGCACCCGUCGUUGAGCGAGCGACCAUUGCUAGUGGCGAAGCGAGGGUCGUGAACACAACCGAGUCCGGACCACGGCCGAAUUCUUGCGCUGAUAUGCUCAUACAGGACGAAGCAAAAUAUGCGGGACAUGUGUCGCGGAACGCAUGCGUGUCGUACUUCGUAUCGUGCGGCACCUUAUCGGUGAUCGGGGCUUUUGCCCUUCUAUUCGCGAGGCAGGUGUUGUCCGUAUCGGCGGAAUUGUGGUUGACGAAGUGGACCAGUAACAGCGCCGUCGGACCGGACUUGGUAUUUUACCUCUCCUUCUAUGCCUACCUCGGUCUUAGUGCUGUCGUCCUUGGUUUUGUAGGAGAGCUCUGCUGCCAGUACGCUGGGCUUCGUGCGUCGAAACAAAUCCAUCAUUCUUUGUUGCAAAACCUCAUCAAGGGAACGCUGCGCUUCUUCGACACGCAUUCUGUUGAUCAUAUCCUCGACCGGUUCUCACACGACAUGUACCUCAUCGACGAAAAACUGAUCCGGGCAAUUGUUCAGUGUGCUACGAUACUAUUCGCACUAUUCAGCAUGCUGGCGAUCCAGAGCUCGAUGGCUCCUUUGCUGCUGGUACUGCUGAGUCUAGUAUUCGUCUGCUACGUCUCGUACCAGCGGCACUAUGAUAAGUCUCGUCGGAGUCUGCAGAGCUUGGAUCGUGUUUCCAGAGACCGUGUGCACGCACACUUUAUGCAGACACUCAAUGGACUAGCGACAAUACGAGCUUUUGGUAUGAAUCGGCAGAGUCAACGCGCAGCAGCAUCGAAGACAAAUGAGAGCGCUAAGGCUCUCCUUUCACUAAACUUGAUCGCUUGCUGGUUGCGCGUCAGAUUGGAGCUACUGGGCGCAGUGAUCACCUUUGCCGUCGCGUUCUUCGUCAGCCGCGAUUAUCUGGUACUCCCGAGCGCCAUGGCGGGCUUGCUGCUGUGCUACUCGCAAGGCAUGACCUUACUGCUUGAUUCGAUGAUGCGAAACAGUGUUGACGCGUGGGACAUGAUGAAAAGCGUACAGCGUAUACAAGAGUAUCGUGACAUUGACUCCGAACCAGUGACGUUGCUUGCGCAUCAUUACGAACGCUUUACUACGUCCAAGUCGCGUACACUAGAACUCCGACCACAUUGGCCUGAGCAUGGAAAAAUCGAUUUUGUUAACGUCUACGUCAAGUACAAUCCGGAUGCGCUACCGGCACUUAACGGCGUCGCGUUCAGCAUCGAGAGCGGUGAGAAAGUUGGCAUUUGUGGUUGUGCUGGGGCUGGAAAGACUUCUCUUUUUCUCGCACUCUUUCGAAUGGUGCCAUUCGAGGACAAAGGUAGCAGCAUCUACAUCGAUGGAGUGUGUACGACUGCGUUGACUUUGACCGAGUUGCGAUCACGGAUAGCUAUUAUUCCGCGAGACCCAGUUCUUUUUGCGGCGAGUGUACGCUUUAACCUAGAUCCGACACGUCAAUCCACUGACCACCAAAUGUGGAAUGUGCUCCGAAAGGUUGGUCUGGAAGCAUUUGUUCAGGGUUUACGUGGUGGUCUAGAUGCCGAAGUUUUACACGAAAGUGAAAUUUUCAGCAUCGCUAAGCAACGGCUGGUGUGUCUUGCACGUGCGAUGCUGCGUAACUCCAAAGUAUUGUGUUUCGAUGACGCAACAACUUCAUCUUCGAUGGAUCACAAAGCGGACGAGUGUGUCCGGUCAUCAGUCCGUCGAGAGUUUGCCGAGGCUACGGUACUAACGAUCACGCGCCGUGUGGACACAGUUCUAGAUCACGACAAAGUUGUGGUACUCAAGCAGGGGCGCGUUGUUGAGUUUGGUCCACCAUCUGAAUUGCGAGACAAGCCCAAUGGCGAGUUUGCUGGAAUGCUGCGAGAGUCAUUGUGA